UCGUUAAUAGUUAGAUGAGCAAUCGAAUUAAGUAAAUCAACUAAUUAUGUUGUUCUCGUUCAUUUUAUUAACUUUCCUCGUUAAUUUCCACCUCGAUGAAGCUUGUUUCAUCACUAAUUGUCCACCCGGAGGGAAAAGAUCUCAUGGUGACAUUGACCAUAUGAGAGAAUGUCUUCGUUGUGGUCCAGGUAACAAAGGUCAUUGUGUCAAUUCAAAUGUUUGUUGUGGUUCUGACUUCGGGUGUUUAAUCAACAAUCACUAUUCGGAUCCAUGUAGAGCUGAAAAUUUCAUUCCGAUCCCAUGUAAAGUCCCUGGUAAACUCUGUUCAUCAGGUCAAGGAGUCUGUGUUUCCAAUGGGAUCUGUUGUAGUUCAGGCGGAUGUUUUAAUGAUUUAACCUGUGAAAAUGAUACACCAACUAAUGAUGAAUCGAUUCAACGUAUCUUUGAUUCACAAUCUUCACAUACAAUUCAAAUUUAAUCGUUCCAAUUAUAAUUAUGAUAAAAUAUUAACACGUUAAUUAAAACUUUCCUUCAAUUUUGUUUGUUUGAGAAAAUUCAAUCAAACUUAUGGUAAACAAUUAAAGAUUGAACUCAAUUUUCACUCCACAUAUUAAACAAUUCAUUUUA